CUCGCUCGGUAAAGGACCACCGUCUGCUCUCCAGCUACAGGCUGUGGGCGCUUCUCCGGAGACUUCUCCCGGGGAUCGCUUGGAAGGGGACGGCGCCGUUCGCACCGGACAUUGCUGGUGGCUGUGGUUUCUCUCAUCACGAAAACCCCGUGUAUCUGACCGCUGCCUGAGCCGUCCGGAGGGGGAUGGAAGAGAUGCGGCCUAGCGGCGGCCCCGCGUCCCAGCCCUUCCCCACCCUCUUCCCUCCUGGGCUCCAUGCUAUCUAUGGAGAGUGCCGGCGCCUGUACCCGGAGCAGCCCAAUCCCCUGCAGGUCACCGCUAUCGUCAAGUACUGGUUGGGUGGACCCGAUCCGCUGGACUAUGUGAGCAUGUACCGUAAUCUGGGCAGCCCCGCACUCGAUGUUCCUGAGCACUGGCAUUAUGUCAGCUUUGGGCUGAGUGAUUUGUAUGGAGACAACAGAGUGCAUGAAUACACAGGACUUGAUGGACCCAGUGGUUUUGGCUUUGAGCUUUCCUUCAGGCUAAAGAGAGAACCAGAGGAAUCUGCGCCCCCAACAUGGCCAGCAGAAUUGAUGCAGGGUCUUGCAAGAUACGUGUUUCAGUCUGAAAACACCUUCUGCAGCGGAGAUCAUGUCUCAUGGCACAGCCCGCUGGACAAUAGCGAGUCUCGAAUUCAGCACAUGCUUCUAACUGAAGACCCUCAGAUGCGCCCAGUGCAGACUCCAUUUGGCAUUGUGUCCUUUUUACAGAUAGUUGGUGUUUGCACGGAGGAGCUACAUGCGGCUCAGCAGUGGAACGGACAGGGAAUACUAGAACUUCUCCGCACCGUGCCAGUGGCCGGUGGACCGUGGCUGAUCACAGAUAUGCGAAGAGGAGAGACUAUUUUUGAGAUUGAUCCUCAUUUGCAACAGGAGAGAGUUGAUAAAGGAAUUGAGACUGAAGGCUCUAACCUCAGUGGUGUCAGUGCCAAAUGUGCAUGGGACGAUUUAAGUCGCCCGCCAGAAGAUGAGGACGACAGCAGAAGUAUUUGUAUAGGAACCCAACCACGGAAGUUAUCUGGCAAAGAUACGGAACAGAUCCGUGAGGCGUUACGAAGAGGCCUAGAAAUUAACAGUAAAUCUAUCCUACCUCCAAUAAGCUCACAGAGACACAAUGGCAUGAACCACGACCGGGCACCGAGUCGAAAAGAUAGCCUGGAAAGUGAAAGUUCUUCAGCCAUAAUCCCCCACGAAUUGAUACGCACACGACAACUGGAAAGCGUCCAUCUCAAAUUUAAUCAGGAGUCUGGCGCUCUUAUUCCACUUUGUUUAAGGGGUAGACUGUUACACGGACGACACUUUACAUAUAAAAGUAUUACUGGAGACACAGCCAUCACUUUUGUGUCUACAGGCGUAGAAGGAGCCUUUGCUACAGAGGAGCAUCCUUAUGCAGCGCAUGGUCCUUGGUUACAGAUUUUGUUGACAGAGGAGUUGGUGGAAAGGAUGCUGGAAGACUUAGAAGAUUUAAGCUCUCCAGAGGAAAUGAAAUUGCCAAAGGAAUACAGCUGGCCGGAAAAGAAGCUAAAGAUCUCCAUUCUCCCCGACACAGUGUUUGAUAAUCCGCUGCCUUGAGGAGCAGACAAGGAUGUAAAGUACUCUUCAACGGUCAGCAGAGGCGAUUGCUGUAAGCCAAAGGAAAGCAAUUACUGCACAACCGCGACGUAAAGAGACGAGCGGCACAGAAAGAUGCUUGUGUGACAAUCCCCCCCCCCCACACCCCGUAAUAAAGGACAUGCUGGUGUGUCCCUCUGACGGGCAGCCCACCUUGCAUUAGCAGAACCUCGUUACACACCAAGUAGGCAGCCAAUAUCUGACUGUAGGUGCCAUCUGAUGCUGUAUGUUCCAGAGAAUUGAAGUUAUGACACUGGAACCCACUGGUAGUUAGACCGCCAACUACAUCAACGUUCCUUCGCUUCAUCGUCCACCGCCACAGUGUUAAAUGGCUAAGAGUUUAGUUCAUUUUGAUAAUGAGCAAUGCAUGGGGAAAGGGAAGGAGAAUUGCUAUAGCUAUGUUCUUCCAUUACUUUGAGAGGAGCGAGUCAAUUUUAACAAACAGAUUUGUCUCAUCGGCAGUACUUCUUUACCUGUGGGGUGGGCAGUACCCACAGGUGAAGUGCCCACCUGCCACACGAUUGACAGAGCUGGACAUUUACCCUGGACCUGACAAUUUCCUGCCUGCGCCGGUGUUCAGAUUAGCAGAGUGAGGGCAGAGGCUCUACUUUGGCCUCAGAGCAGUGUCUGUGCCCACGCUCUGCUAAUCUGAGCAGUGACUCAGGCAGGAAAUUGUCAGGGGUGGACUAAGUGUCCAGCCCUGUCAAUCUUGCGGGAGGUGGAGGCGUCUUCACCUGCAGGGACAGCCCCCUACAGGUAAGUCCUGCUGCUGAGACAAAUCAGUCUUACAAUCGAUUCGCUCAUCCCUAAUUCCUUUCUAAUAUUCAUGCCAAUUGAUUAUAUUAGGUAGGACUCACGUGGCAAUAAGUGCACGCACGUAGAUUACUUUGUAUGCCUCUAUGCAGACUCCAUGUAUUUGCACGACAUGCAGCUCCUCCUCUGUAUUUUCUAUACACAUCCUGUCCGGAUGACCACCCCUUGAGUAUGUGGCUGCAUGUACGGGAGGGUCUAUCUAACAGAAGAUACACGUUUCAAGUACAGAGUUCUAUUUUGACAGGCGUAACAUGACAAAAACGCCCUAAAGUGACCAUCCGGACGCAGCGGGUGUCAAAAUACGCUGGCUAUAUAUGUUUCGCCAUUCCGUUUCCUGAUGCAACAAGUCCAUGAAACGUUAAUGUUUAACUUUGAUUUGGUUCAAAGAACUAGAUGUGACUCUUAAUGUCCUGAGUUAAUAGUUAAGGAGCCCUCGCUGAAGAUUCUCAGGGUAUGUUCACACGGCUAAAAUUUGCCACUGAUUCAGCAGCAGAAAAUGGGCGUAUUCAGCUGCUAAAUCCACGUAAAAACUCCACCUUGUGUGCACCAUGUAAAAUGGUAGAGGUUUUUUUUCUUUUUCAGUUUUUGACUUGAAAAAUGCUUGGUGACAGGGGACUUCUUGGAAACAGAUUUGAUUGCGGAUUUUAUAGAGGUGAACGGAGAAGAAGAAGAAUCUCUAUUUCUAUAGCACCAACAUAUUCCGCAGCACUUUACAAUCAGGGGUUCAUGUACAAAUAGUCAUAAAUUACAUGGCAACGUACAUGUCAAUAUUUACAACAAGAAUGCGGACCCUGCUCGCAAGAGCUUACAAUCUAUGAAGAGAUAGGGGGGUGAUGGAAAAGGUAAAGCCUCUUUCACAUGGGCGAGAUUGCAAUGCAUGAGGUGAACACAUUGCACCCGCACUGAUUCUGGACCCAUUCAUGCUCUAUUUUCUUGGUUUUUAUGCAAUGCAGGCCCCA